CCAACUCCAAAUUCCUAGAGAUCAGCAGGAAUGUCUCAGUCGCCGCAGGCUCUCAAACUCGUACUAAGAAUGGUGAAAAGCCCACCACUGAAAGCCUUCUCACUCUUCAACGCCUCAAUCCGUCAAGGCUUUGAACACACUUACGAGACCACAUCCGUCGUCUUGCACCUCCUCCUUUCCUCUGAUAUGCUUCCCCAAGCCCAAUCCCUCCUCCUACAGUUACUCUCUGGUAAUCUCCCCCUCUUCCCUCCCUCGUCUCUGCCAUCUCUUCUCCACCAUUAUUUAACACAAGCCAAUUCCAAUUCCAAUCCGAAUUCAGCUCAUCUUCUUCUUCUCCUGUAUGAAGCACUCAUCACUGCCCUCGUGCAAUCUAGAAUGCCCGAAGAAGCCCUCUAUCAUUUUGAUCAAAUGAUCAAGCAUGGCCUUGUGCCCAGGCCAACUACUUUCAAUAACCUUAUCACCCAUCUCCUAAAACUUAAUUACUUCGAAAGAGCCUGGCGCAUCUUUAACGAAUUGAAGGGUAGGAUCUCUUUAGACGUUUAUAGUUUUGGAAUAAUGAUUAAAGGUUGCAGUGAGGUUGGCGAUUUGGCCAAGGGGUUCGAGCUUCUAUCUCGAUUGGAAGAGAUGGGUUGGUCCCCGAAUGUUGUUAUAUACACUACUUUAAUCGAUGGGUGUUGCAAGAAGGGGGAUGUCGAAGAGGCGAAGAAGUUGUUCAUUAAGAUGGAGAAGAUGGGUUUGGUUGCUAAUGAGUUCACUUACACGGCCAUGAUUAACGGUUACUUCAAGAAAGGCCUUAAGAAAGAGGGCUUCGAGCUCUACGAGGAGAUGAAGCUUAAGGGCGCUUUCCCUACUCUUUAUACGUACAAUUCGUUGAUCAAUGAGUACGGCAAAGAUGGUAAUUUGACCAGAGCUUUCGAGAUGUUUGGUGAAAUGCGUGAGAGAGGUGUUGCUUACAAUGUUGUGACUUAUAACACGCUAAUUAGCGGGUUGUGUCAAGAGAAGAAGCCGUUGGAGGCUGAGAAAUUGCUCCACCGAAUGAAGGCUGCAAAAUUGAAUCCCAAUUCCAUCACAUAUAACACACUGAUUGAUGGGUUCUGUAAAGCAGGGAAAUUGGACAAGGCCUUGAGUCUAGUUGAUCGAAUGAAAUCAAGUGGUCAAUCUCCAUCGUUGGUUACUUAUAAUGUUCUAAUUGCAGGUUUCUGUAGAUCUGGUAAUUUAGAAGGGGUUGCUCGUCUUGUUAGGGAAAUGGAGGAGAGGGGCAUAUCUCCAUCUAGAGUAACAUAUACAAUCCUCAUCGAUGCUUUUGUUAAAUGGGACAAUGUGGGGAAAGCUUUUGAAAUGUACUCCUCCAUGGAAAAGGCUGGUCUGGUGCCGGAUGUUUAUACUUAUGGUGUCUUGAUUCAUGGAUUCUGCUCUAUAGGAAAUAUGAAAGAUGCAUCAAAGCUGUUCAAAUCAAUGAGUGAGUUGCAGUUGAAGCCUAAUGAUGUGAUUUACAAUAUGAUGAUUUAUGGGUACUGCAAACAAGCCAGUGCUUAUAGGGCCCUGAUAUUACUCAAGGAGAUGCUUGAGGUAGGAAUUAUUCCAAACAUGGCUAGCUACAAAUUGACCAUAGAUGUUCUUUGCAGAGAUGGGAAGUGGCAAGACGCUGAGUUUCUACUUGAUAAGAUGGUGAAGUCAGGAUUGCACCCAUGUGAUUCAAUUUAUAGUUCUAUAUCUAAAGCCAAACUCAAUGAUGCAUAGAGUUCAGUUAAAACACCAAGAACUUCCAAGUCCCUCACCACUGUAACUUUCAGAAUGGCUACAUCAUUUAUGUUUGAUUAAGAAGUAACUUUGAAGUUUCGAAGUCUUAAUCAAACAUCACAUUAGGUAAUGAAAUGAAAUCUUAUGCAUCUCUGCUUGAACUGGGAGGAGUUGCUGAGAAUGAUGAACCCAUAAACGAUUUGCCAAAUCUUGUAUAUAUGCUCUCAAGUAAGACCCUUGAGUUUCUGCUGUGUUGUUCACGAUAUCCCUCUCCCCAUUCACUUAUUGAUGUUAGAUAACUGCGAUGUCAGGUACAGGCUGAGUGCCUCUGUAACAUUACAAUCUUUUGUAUUAGUGUCUUAUUUAACUGGUCAA